ACUAGUCGUUGUCCUACUACACACAUCAACACCUUACUUCCUGAUAUAUCUGUCCAUCUUACUACACAGCAAUAGUAAGUCCACUGGAGUAUCAAGACUGGCUCGCUAUAUAAGCUAGCUUACUGUAAAAAAGUGAGUCGCUCUCAGUGAAGGGCACACACACACGGGGAACAGACAACACCUCACAAGUACAACCCACAGUGAUCCAAGCACAGAACAGUAAAGAAAUACCGCAUCUGGAAGAUUGAGCAACAUGACUGCGUCACUGCGAUGUCCGUUCCUGAGUCGCAUUCCGAUGAACCAGGUAAAGAAAGCAGCGCCUCAGCUGAUGUCGUACGCCGAACGCUGUCCGAUCAUGGCCCAUGCGUUCCGAUACAUGAGUCUCCUGCCCAGAGAGGCUGCUGAGCUAGAUUCCAAUCCUGCCAGCCGGUGUCCAUUUCUGGCCAAAAGUAACCUGACCAUAGAGGGUAACGUCCACACUAUUGUUCAAAGAGAAAUCCUGCGUGAUAAUGAUUCCUUUGACGAUAUGAUGGAUUCCACAAAGGAGGAAGUGACACCAGAGGCAGACUGCAUCACUGACUCGGCUUCGUCCAAUCAGAGCCUUGUUGAUAAGGAAAGGAAAAAGGAGACAGGGCCAGUUGCUAUGGAGUGCAGUAUGCAAAGUCCAAUCAAGAGGGUUUCCAAACCCCCUAGUUUUCCAUCAGGUCUUCAAGUGGAAAGAGCACUACAGGAAAUGAAGCUAUCCUUAAUUGGAUAUCAAGGUGAUGACCCAUUAGAGACGAUUUCUCUGUUCAACUAUGAACGCUUCUUUGAGAAAGAAAUCCUGAAGAAAAAGAGGGACCAUUCAUACCGGAUCUUCAAGAAUGUGAUGAGGAAAGGCCAUAAGUUCCCAUAUGCAGAAGAACACUCUGGGAAGAAGAAAGACAUCACUGUAUGGUGUAGUAAUGAUUACCUGGGAAUGAGCUGGCAUCCUAAAGUCACAAAGGCUGUGGAGCGGGCUGUCCAAGAGCAUGGAGCUGGGGCCGGCGGUACUAGAAACAUCUCGGGGAACUCACCUCUCCAUGAAGAACUGGAACAAGAACUGGCAUCUCUACAUCAGAAGGAGUCUGCACUAGUCUUCACUUCCUGUUAUGUUGCUAAUGACUCUACCCUGUAUACCCUCGGGAAAACUUUACCAGGUGUGCAUAUAUUUUCUGAUGCCGGGAACCAUGCCUCCAUGAUCCAGGGUAUCAGGAACUGCGGGGCACCCAAGCAUAUAUUCCGGCACAAUGAUCCAGAGCACCUGGAGUAUCUACUCAAACAAGUGGAUAUAGGUGUGCCCAAAAUAGUUGCCUUUGAAACUGUACAUUCCAUGGAUGGUGCUGUUUGUCCUCUAUCAGAGCUAUGUGAUGUGGCCCACAAGUAUGGGGCUAUCACCUUUGUAGAUGAGGUGCAUGCUGUCGGUCUGUACGGACGUCACGGCGCUGGAGUGGCUGAGCGAGACGGCUGUAUGGACAAGCUAGAUAUAAUCUCUGGUACACUAGGGAAAGCCUUUGGAAAUGUUGGGGGAUACAUUGCUGCGUCUGCCAAUACUAUAGACAUGAUACGGAGCUACGCUUCAGGCUUCAUCUUCACCACUUCACUGCCGCCCACCACGCUAGCCGGGUGCCUAGCCUCUGUCAAGAUUCUCCGCAGUGAUGAGGGGAGACAAUUACGACAGGUCCAUCAACAAAAAGUGCAAUAUCUACGAGAAAAGCUGAAGGAAAAGGGCAUUCCCGCUCUACACUGCCCGAGUCACAUCAUACCUGUCCAUGUAGGCGAUGCUGCCUUAUGUACCAAGCUGUCCAACGAUCUCCUAAAUAUACACAACAUCUACGUCCAGGCCAUCAACUUCCCCACGGUGGAGCGGGGCAUGGAGCGACUCCGCAUCGCCCCAACUCCACACCAUACGCAGGAAAUGCUUGACAACCUGGUUGAAGCUCUCAUCAAAGUUUGGGAGGAUAAUGGCCUUGAACUCUUCACUCAAGCAUGUCCAGAUGAAUGCGAGUUCUGUCACAAGCCCCUCAAGUUUGAAGCGUUGUCUGCCCGCGAGAAAAUCUGCCACAGGUCCAACUGUACCUACGCCUCCCUACAAGUGUCUCUGGCCUGCGCAUAAACCUUCGUACAAAGUUUGGGGUACAAGGUGUCUUCAUUUCUCUUUCCUUCGGACUUUGUUUGCUUGUAAUGAAAUAAAUGGUGGUUUACUUUAAAUUACUAUGUUACGGUAUCAAAUCAGUUAAAAAUGAAGUAGGAAAGCAAACUUUAGCUAAGUACCAGAUCAUAAUUUAUUUUUUGAAUAACUUGAUGGUUGAUCACUGCUGAUUAGCUGGCCUACCUCGGACAUCACCUCAAUUACAUACUUUCUAUCAAUCCAGUUAUUGGUGCUCAUCGGAACACAAGGUAUUAAUGUGAAUCGCUGAAUUUUCCUGUUAACUCAUUUUCAUUGUCGUUUUUUCCAGCAACAUAUUCAUAAGGGUUUAAACAGCUUUUUGUUUCUUGUUUCAGUGUAUCAAAAUAUUCAUGAUAUCCUUCAAUUUAGGAUCCUCUCUCCUCACAAAUAAUAUCGGUGAUGUCCUUGAAUUUUCUAUUGUCCCUCCUCACAAAAAAGUAUCUGCGAUAACCUUUAAUUCACAAUUGUCUCUCCUCACAAACAAAUAUCCCCAAUAUUCUUGAUUUUCUCUGUCAUCUUUUCUGACAAAAAUAAUAUGCGAUAUCCUGGAAAUAACAAUAGUCUCUCCUCACAAAUUAAUAUCUGUGAUAUCGUAGAAUUCAUAAUCAUCUCGCAAAUUAAUGAAAAAAUAAAUAUCUGGCAGAAUAUAAGUGAUGAAAAGUAGGUCUUGGCCAUAUUUGACUUUUUCCCAAAAUGAAGAGGAUAUUUGUCUGUCAUAAAAUUAAUACAACUUGUGAUAGGUCUAUUUUUAGAUAUCUACAAUUAUUGAUAACAUUAUUUUACUAGGUGUUAUUUUACAUGUGAUAUUUCAGAUUUCUAUUUCUAAUGAAAGUUGUUUAUUAAUUUUGUAUGUAUAGUUUUCAGUGAUGAAUGAUUUAACUUUGAUCCUUUUUAAUGGAUGGUCUGCUUUACAUUGUUUCAUUACUCAAGAGAAUAUAGAUCUAGAGCUUUGCUUAAACUACAGUCACUUAGUGUUAAGGGACGCCUUUAGCAGACAAGCCUAUCCAUGACUUAGCCUUAGCAUGUUUAAAAGGCUCCAUGGGUUCAAUGAGACAAAAUACCCUUCCAUCUGUUCAUGCAUAUGGCAAAGCUUCAAAUUUUAUUUUUAUUUUGCAUAUUACUUUAAUUAUUCUUAGUUGUAUUAUUUUAUCUGCUGACAAACCAAUAAGAUUUUACAAGCUGUAUUAUGCUUUUCUAAUUUAAUCCCGCAUAAUCAUAUUAAAAUUAUAACCAAUUAUUCAAAUUUAGAAAAGGGUGAUUUUUUUCCAAACCAGUGAAGCAGAUUACCUGGUGUAAUAAUUUUAGUCACAAGUUAUAUAUUUAUAUAUCUUGUUUAGAUUGUGUGACACUUCCCCAAUGAGCAUGGAAUGUUGUUGAUUCUGAGACUAUGCAGAUGUAUCUGGUCUUGUAAUAAACCUGUGCUGUGAUACCCAGGUAAUAACUUUACGACACACUGAUACAAGUUAGAUGUAUUAUGGUUAUACCUUGGUAUAGCACACUGACACAGUAAGUCGGAUAUCUUGUAAGCCUGUUGUUGUAUAGCUGUUUUUGUGUUAUAUAUGUGUUAGGGACGUUACUUGUUACCCGGAUGUAGAUGUAGUUUAUUAGUGUUUCAAUUGUAGUCAAUAUUUUAAACGGAACUUGUUAUUCAGGACUAUAAAUCUGUUUAUGGGGAUGGUAUCCUCUUUCAUAUUACACAAUUCACAAUAUUUGUAUACCUCUGUAAUUUUUUAGGAAGUACUUAUUUACUGUUGCUUAUCAUAUUGUAUAAAGUUCUUCUUGCCACAAAGACUAGGUUAAAUGUUUCUUUCGUUGCCUUAAUCAACAUACAUAAUGAUAUGAUUACUAAUGAUUUACAAUCGACACAAUGGGUUUGUUAACAAGUGAUUGGUUACCUGUAUAUUUAGUUUUUGGAGAUGAUUGUGUAAAUGUAAUGUGCUGGCAGUCACCCAUCCAACUACUGACUACACUCGACAUUGCUGAACUAGUGAGCGGGUCCCGGGGUUAUACUGCAUCACUGGAAAGGCUAGCUUGCUAGUAAGGUAGUAUUUCCCCCUCAAAUUACAGCACUUCAACAUCAACUGUACCUGCUUUCCCUGAUCAGGUGAGAAGCUGACCACUGUGUUGAUAAAGGAAAGAACCCUAACAGUAGAAAUGAGAUGAUUGUAAUACUUCAUACAUCAUACAAGUCGCGUCUAAUCACCUAGAUCACUGCCAACACUAGGACUACUGGCAACAGUAGUAUAGCAUCACUUGACUGUUGAGGAGUUAUAACCAUUAUCUGACUUAAUUCAUAUAAAUAACACAAAUUUAUGAUGUAAAAAUUGUCACCAAAUAACUGUUUCUUUGUUCUGUUACUGUCGCUUAAUUAAUGAUUGUCAGUUAGUCAAAACAGCUGUUUUGCUGAAAGAAAGAAUUUUUUUCUUGUGUUUGUCAAAAAUUUGUUUUCAAAAUUAAUUGCAAUUUGUGUAGAACAAAGAGAUAAAAACAUUACGAUGAUUUACAUGGGCAAUACUAUUAUAUGGUACAAAUCAUUAAAUGACAAUUUAUUCCCCGCUUUUCGAGAAAACAGUGGAUAGUGAUUUGGGUUUGUCCCUCCAUCUGUCCAUCUAUGAACAGAUUUCGUUUCAGUACAGUAACUACCUUUAAAAAGGUCCAAUUUGAACUGCAUUGAGUUUGCAUAUACAUGCACAAAGGCAUUUAUGUGUCUCUAUUAUCUUGAUCACAGGCUACUUUCAAUCGCCAGUGAUAUUUACACAUAUUCAAUGAGGCUGUAUUGGUUUCCACUCAAUAACUGCCCUAAAAAUGUCUCGUACAUAACGGCAAGUCGCACACUAAAUUCAGUAGCCAAUGCAAUGUGUGAAUAUUUAUGCAUAAUUAAUGAGGUUCCUUCAUUCUUAUUGGACAAUUGGUUUUCGUGCAAUAACUGCCCUAAUUUCACAAAAUUGUGUUUACAGAUCCUUUAUGGUAUGUACGUACAAAUAUUAGCAAGUCUCACAUCAAAUCUCAACAAUGGAUCAACAUUGUUCUGAAGGCGGGGAGAUAAAUUCCACAAAUUGGCUUGAUCUGAUCACUUAUUUCAGAUGAUUAAUUAAAGAAAUUAAAGGAAAUUAUUUCAGUUUCGGUCAGUUUGUCUUGGUCAUUUUGUUCCCUAAUAAUUCCUCCUUAAGUAUCCAAAUUAUCUCAAUUGUGUGAAAGAUACAUGUACCUGUACGAUCGAUACAUAUAAAACAUUCAACCAAAUUUAUAUACAUGUAAAGGUCCACCAAUAAACUUAAAAAGGUUCAUCAAAUUAACAUCAAACAGUGCCAGUUAUGUUUUCUUUUAUUUCUUCAUGGUUCGUUAUAAUUAUAUUGUGAGCUUUGGUGCAUUUGUGUGUUUUAUUCACAAAGAGGACAUUCAGGAAAAUCAUGCAAUAAUUUAAUUACAUAGAAAAAAAAUUAUCAAGAUUUGGAAAACGUAUUUUUGUGAAAAAUAAAAUGACCAGGAUGAAGAA